GACCUCCCCUCUUUUUCUCCUCCUCUGCCUCUCCUUUCCUCUUCAUCUUCAUCGCCAUCGUCGUCGUCGUCAUCCGAUGCGUGAUUCGCUCGUUCCCUCUCGUCGUCGUCGUCGUCGUCGUCGUCAAAUUCAAAUCGAAAAUCAACAGUCGUCUCCACUCCCCCCUUCCCUUCUCUCUCCCUGACCUAACCCUAGAAUAAUCGCAACCGCAUUUCAAAUCGUCUCCUCCUCCUCCCGUGUCGGAUUUCCCCCAACCUCCGUCGUUGGAAGAUUAGGUUGCUCUUCGGGGGCCGCCUCAAAAUCCGAUUUUUCUCCCUCCUCCUCCUUCCUCCUGUUCUUGCUCUUGUUGGGUCGUAUUUGGAUUGGAUUGGAUUGGAUUGAUCGGGUUGCUGGGGGACUAGGGCCGGACAGGGACCGGAUCCGAUUGGGGCAUGAGGUGAAGGGGGAAAGAGGAGUGGGGGGGAUUCCGAUUCUGCAUGGUCAUCGUCGCUGCCAUCCCAUGUUGAGCUCUUGCUGCUCCCACUCCUUAUCCCCUCGCCCCCCUCUGGUCCCGCCUCCUCCCGUCGCGCGGUUUAGGGUUCCGACGAGGCCGGCCGCCGCGUCGCUCGCGCUCUCCCGGGGCUCCGGGUCCUCGGGUUCCAGCUGCAAUCGCGCCAGAUACAAUUGGAAGAUUUCUUGCUUCAGGGACCAGAGUUUCCCUCCCGAUAGUCAACGAUUCAAAUUCGUUGAAAAUGCUCCGCCGGAAGAACACGCGGAGCCUGAAUUGAAUACUGAAAUCGCCGUUCAGAAGGACUGGAAAGCAAAAUUUAGAGAGGCUGUAAAUGCAUUAUUCAGAGCUAUUGGAAGGCCUUGGACUGUGCCCUGGACAGCAGAGACAGUGUUAAAGGUUAUGGUUCUUUGGGUUACCUCAUUUUGGUUUAUAGGGACAUGGCUGGUUCCAUUCACGGUGCAUAUAGCAGGAUUCAACAAGGAAACUUUGACUUUCAGAGGGCAGGCACUCUAUAGCCUCUUGACAGAUGUGACUGAAGGCGUUGCUGGAAUUUUGAUCCUACACCGCUGUCUCUCACGGUUUUAUCCCCUUCCAUCUGAUUGGUUUAGUUUCAGUCUAAAAGGUAAGUGGCAUUUCGACGUCGCACUCGGGUGCCUCUUGUUCCCUCUGGUCAAUCGCCUUUCGCAAAUCAACCUUGAUCUAUUGCCGAUUCUCCCCUCCACACCUGUAACGCUAUCAAGUGUCGAACAGUCAAUAUUGGCACGGGAUCCGAUCGCGAUGGCACUUUACGCACUUGUAGUAACAGUUUGUGCUCCUGUAUGGGAAGAAAUAGUGUUCCGGGGUUUCCUUCUUCCUUCACUUACAAAAUACAUGCCUGUGUGGUGUGCAAUACUGUUGAGCUCAGUCGCCUUUGCUUUAGCACAUUUUAAUGGACAGAGGAUGCUUCCGCUCAUCUUUCUCGGGGUGGUGAUGGGUCUUCUCUUUACACGGUCAAGGAACUUAUUACCAUCCAUGCUAUUGCAUAGCCUCUGGAAUGCUUUUGUUUUCUUAAGUUUAAUGAGAUAGCUUGUAGCUUUGCAUGUAAAUUAGUGAUCGAUCAGUAAAUUUUUCAUCCAAACGUUAAUUUUGUCCAGGGUUGAUGUGCAGUUUCACCUUGGUUUGCAACAUAAUAGUAGCGUCUUCCCGAAUUAUCUAGGAAGACUCAUCUUUAGAUUAACAAUCAGUUUAUUUACGUUUCUUGUAACGGUGGAAUACCUGUUGCUUUUGUGAAUGACAAGAUCUUAAAGCGAAUUGAUGA